AUUUCUCUCGCCGACCUGCUCCGUUGAAAUCAAACACUCGACCCCUCCGAUGGCCUUAAAAUGGCUUUUCCCAUCAAUGCGGGCGUGUUACACUAUGGCCGCCGCUGUCAAUAGUCGGGUGAAAUUUAUGGACGGGUUAUUAAUUAUACGACCUAUCGUUAUGACGAUAAGUUGGAGGACGGCGGUCAUCAUGCCAUCUGGGUCAGUCUGUGUCGGCUUGACUGCUUUAGUGUGAAGGCAAUAUGUCGUAAAAGAAGAUGAAGUCAUUGGGAAGUCCUUUUCUGACGUACAAGACAUUAAAAUGUUUCGAACAAAUUUUCAAAAGAUUUUUACGCGCGUUUAUAUCAGUUCCGCAUUUUGACAGUUCAAGUCAAGUUUGUUGACCGCAACCUUCGCUCAAAGAGUCAAACGGAAAAUGAGAGCGAUCCAUUUAGGCCAAUUUUUAUCGUACAAAAAUCCCAGUAGUUGGUAUAUGUUUAGGUCAAAACCCAUUUAACUGCUUGCUCCGAUUAUUGCAGAGCGGUCAAAUUUUAUACGUAGGAAUAAAAAUGAACGAUGAAACAAAUUUGCAUAAAUGGCACCACGUCGUUUUUCUUUUUUAGUCGAGAAAAUUCCAGUUUUGUCGGCCGGCCGGCACAUUCCGCAAGUUUACACGCUAUAGUGUGUUUGUGUGCGAUACAUUCCAGCAAGCUGAUGGUUGCCGGACAUCGGUGGGCAUUGACCGAUACAGUUAUUACACGGAUGUAAAAUAAUUCCUAUCGUUUAGGAAAAACAAGCUUAACUUUUUCUGGGACUUGAUAGACGAAUCAUCUUAAGCCUUAUUCGCUUUGUAAACUGGAGAUAUCAUGGUGUAUCAAAACUCAGUUAUUUCUUUGCACCUGAAAGGACAUCAGGGCAAUGUGUAUGAUCUUGAAUGGAACAAGAAUGAAGGCGGAGAGGGUUGGCGUUUACUUUCCUGCGGUGCGGACUGCACUGCUCGAGUUUGGAACGAUUCCAAUGACGUGGUUUUGUCUCAUCCAGCUUACGUGUACAGCGCCCGUUUCGGCGAAUCCGACGACCGUGUAGUCACUGGAUGUUUCGAUCAGCUGAUACGGUUAUGGGAAUUGAAUUCAUCGUCACCUCGUCUAAUAAGCACCUAUGUCCAGCACAGGGCACCGAUCAACAGCCUCUGCUGGGACUCCCAUGGAAGAUUAUUUAGCGCAGAUGCGAAAGGUUCCAUUUGUGUCUGGAACUCGACCAUUUCUGGCUUACAUUUUGAAAAGAUCCUCAACGAAUCUAGUGAAGAAUAUCGCAAUGAAACUCCCAUCAACUGCCUCUGCUUUCAUCCUUCUGGAGGCAGAUUACUAGUCCACUACAGAGGAAGUGAGAUGUGUUUGCUCGAGCCAAAGUCGGGUCUUAAAUUGAUUUCGUACAGUGGCAUCUAUAACCCAAGGCUGAGACUGGCAAGUAGCAUCAGUCCGUGCGGUGGUUACGUGAUAUCCGGCAGUGAGGAUGGUUCUGUUCACUGGUUUGAUUUGGAGCGGGGUGAUCUUGUAGCCGUUACAACCUUGGCCACGUCUACAAUUGAUCCCGUCAUGGCGGUCGCUUUCCACCCCACUUGUCACGCCAUAGCCUUAAGUGUUCAUUGAGCUCGCAAUGUUCUCUUUCAGUUUUGGAAUUUUGAAGCGUUUUCCAUGUAUUAACUCAGGUUAUGAUUCUAGCUAUUUUCAAUAGCAGUGUUGGCUAUAUAAGAAGUUUUAUUUGUCAUCGUUUCAGGUUACUUAUAUAUUUUCUUACUGGAUUACUGGAAGGAAUGGGAGAGUGGAAGGAGUAGAAGAAGCGUCUGGAGAAUCAGUGGAAAAGCCAUAAUCCGGAGGACCAGUGAGAAACGAAUCAUAAAAUGAAAUUAAGGACCACCAGGAGUACCAGGAGUACCAGGAGUACCAGGAGCACCAGGAGCACCAGGAGGACCAGGAAUUCCAGGAACACCAUCAAGACCUGUCAAAUAUUACAAAGCGAUUAAAAUGUUUAAAAAAUGUACUUCCAUCACAUUCCACUAAAUGAAACAUGUUUUAAUUACCGGGUGGUCCUCUCAGUGAAUUUGUCAACAAAUUUAACCAUCCAAGUAAACGAGGGUUUGAUCCCGA